ACUGUUUCAACCAAUCGGGAACAAGAUACCAUUAUUCGACGGCAGAAGCAGAGCCAGCCUGGUCAAAAAUGGCGGCAACGUCUCGGAGUAUCGUGGAUAAAGUAUCAGAUAAAGAUUUUGAUGCGCGUACAGUGGACAUGGGGUUGAAAAACAUCUGGAGGUGGGAUUGGCUUGAACGGAAGGUCAAAGGGGAAUACGUGGGAAAAUUCACGAGGAAGAUAACAUCCGCCGGUUUGGCUUUCUGCGAGUUGUGCCACAAAGAUGUGCAUUAUGGGGGUUGCGGAUGGAAGGCGCUAGCACAGCACAUCGGCCAGAAAAUUCACAGAGAUAACCUGAAAUUACGGUGGUCUAACUACAGUCUAUCUGCUGCUUUUGGACAAAAGUCAACAGAUUCCAAGGCUCCUUAUGGUAUACACCCAAUGUUUAAAGCUGCUGCUGCAAAGGCCCCUGAAGGAGCUUCUGCUGAAAUUGCCACACCAUUAGAGGACAGAAUCGUCAAUCAAGAAGCAAUGCUUUUGGCAUUCACGGCUGAAUAUUCCUUAUCAUUUGCCAUUGUUCCUAAUCUUAUUCAGUUGGCGAAAACCUUAUCUCACGAUAAAAGGGCACUGGAACAUCUAGAAAUGUCACGCACAACUGCUUCCUACAAAAUCAGAUUUAAAUAA